AUGGGCGCGGCCUGCUGCUCGGAAAUCGACAAGGCCCCUGGGGCGAACCAGCCGGCACCAGUUCGCUCUCAACCGAGUUUGCUACCGCCUCUGCCAGGUGAAGCUGAGCAGCUACGAAGCCCUCCGUGCCCUCCCGAGGAGCAUGUGCAGGCUGAAGCCUCUGACACCUCGGGUCUGGCAUCAGGAGAUGGUGACACCCAAGUAUCGGAAAUGGUGGACGAAGUUACUGCCAAGGAGCAGCGCCAGCAGGCCAAGCAAGUGGUCAAAGAUUUUGCCACCGCCUAG